CAGCUAAACAGACUAAACAGAAGUUCUUUCCCUAGGAAGUUUCGAUUCGAAAAAGUGAUUUUCGGGUGUUGGAAGUAACUAUCAGCACCUCAACGCAAUGGGGUGUUCAUACAUCUAUUUAGCAGUGGCGUUAUUAUCCAUUGCUGGUCCAGUAUUUUCUUGGAGAGAGUACCGAAUCCGAAGGAGUAUCGACUUAUCAGUCACCAAUCCACUGAUACCGGAUGCGAAACUACCGGCCGAUUUGGUACCGAAAAACUACUCCCUACGGUUGGAGCUAAACGACGAGCAGCUAUCGUUUCACGGUGAUGUCAACAUUACGAUGACAUGCACCAAACGAACGAACCAGAUCAAUCUGCACGCUCACGGGGAUUUGCAGGUGGAUGAAGUGAGCCUGGAGGUCGUACAGCACGCCGAAAAUGGCGAAACUACGGUAGUGAAAAUUCGCCGUGUCGACAGAGUACCGAAGAAACCUUUGCUGGUGGUUUAUCUACAGGAUGAUCUUUCGGCCGGUAAUCUGUACGAAACUCGAAUCCACUUCAAAGGCAUGAUUUGGGAAAAUACCGAAGGUUUGUUCCAGGGUAAAUAUAAGCAAAUGAAUGGUGAUAAUCUGCAGGAUCAUUCGUAUUUUGCAACCUAUUUCCGACCGCAUCACGCGAGACGAGUUUUCCCGUGCUUUGACGAGCCGGCGUACAAGGUUCCGUUUAAGGUCACCAUCAUCCGACCCAAACAGUAUCACACCUUGUUCAAUACGGAAGUAGAAAGUACGGAAAGCUUUAACGAGCACAAGCAAGCGGAUCAUUUCCGCGUCACACCACCGAUUUCCACCUUCACGCUGGGUUUCGUAAUUUCCGAACUGGUUGAGCUGCCUUCGGCCGAUGCGAAGAACAACGCCGCCGUCGAGCAACCGAUCGUAAGAAUAUGGACCCGAAAGGAUGUGCAGGAAAAUUUGAACGGAGCGAGGGCGAAAAUUGCGCUGAUUAUGGAGCAUCUGACCAACUUCUGGAACGUUUCCUACCCGCUGGGUAAGCUGGAUAUUGUCGCACUGCCGAACUUUUCCUCCGUCAAACCGGCCGACAAUUGGGGGCUUAUUUUGUUUAAGGAAAAUGAAUUACAGCAAGGUUAUUAUGGAAUAACGCAGGAGUUGGUGUACCAAUGGUUAGGAUCGUGGAUAACUCCAAACUGGUGGAGCGAUGCUCACGUUAACAAGGCGAUUGCUGGUUUUCUUUCCGCUUCAACUGCGAUUGAAAUUGAUAAUGGUGUUGAAUUCGAUGGAAAGUGGCCUAUGACUAUACUGUAUUCCAUUUACUACGAGUUUAGUAAACGUUAUCCUCACUCACGCAUCACGGCAAUGAAACAGGAAACUACCUGCAGUAAAACCGAACUUGUUCUACGGAUGCUGAACUACACUCUCGGAGAAGAUACUUUCCGAAAGGGCAUGCAAAACGUAAUCAAGCAUCGUGAAUAUAAAACAUUCGUUACCGGUGAUGUUUGGGAGUCUCUUACGAAGCAAGCCCAUUUGGAUAAUAAACUGUGCGAAUCGGCAACCAUCAACGAAAUAGCUGAAUCUUGGAUCACAAAGGACCGCAUUCCGGUUGUCAAAGUGACGCGAGCGUACGAUAAACGGACGGCCACCGUCACCCAGAGGCUGUACCUUCGGGAACGUCCUCACGACGUUCCGGAGCAGGAGAAAAUGCUUUGGUGGAUUCCGCUGGUCGUUGCACGACAAGAUAACUUAAACUUCAGCAAUUCAAGUGCUACAAAAUGGAUGAAAAAAGUUAAAGAAGUCACAUUGGAAGACCUACCAAAUUCGAACCAUUUCAUCAUAGUCAAUCCAGAGGAAAUAGGCCCUUUCCCCGUCAACUAUGACGAACACAACUGGAACCUACUGGCAAAUUACCUCCUAACACAAGAAGGUCGUUCCAAAAUUCCAAUCUACACAAGAGCCAAACUGCUACAUGACGCCUGGAACCUGGCCUACGCCGGUGACUUAAGCUUCGCAACGGCCUUCAACAUGACACUGUUCAUGAAGUACGAACGGAACCAUCUGGUGUGGAACCCGGUCUUCACGCUGAUCGACCACAUCGGACGGCACAUCGACAUGUCGGCGGCACACAAAAAGUUCGAAAUCUACGUACGAACACUGCUGACUCCGCUGUACGAAGAACUGCUGAUCAACCAACGGGAGGACGAGGAAAAGUGGAAAUCGAACCUCCGCUCGCUAGCGAAAUCUUUCCUCUGUAAGGCCGGCUACAAACCGUGCAUCGAGGAAGCACAGCGCGUCUUUAGGAACUGGAUGGAAAGCAGUGAACCGGAUAUGGGAAAUCCCGUGGCGAAUCAGUACAUAUGUCCGGUGUUCAAAUGGGGCACCCAGGAGGAGUGGGAAUUUGGACUGCAGCGUGUCAUCAACUUCCCCGAGUCGAGGAUGAAGAGCGAACGAACGUAUCUGCUGAAGACGCUCGCCGGAUGUCCGAUUCAGGCGUCGAAAAUUAACCGACUGUUAAACAUAACGGUGCUGGAGAACAACGGAAAUUUCACCGACAACGAUAUCAGUUUGAUUUUCAAAAUGCUGUCCGGUGGAUCGAACGGUUAUAUGGCUCUUUUCAAAUUUCUGCAGCAAAACUGGAACGCCAUCAAACUUCGAUUCAAAGAUCAAGAAUCGCUGUGGGAUAAUCUAAUCAACUCGGCUACAGGACUGUUUACCACCCAGGAAGGGUACGACAUGGUGUCCCAGCUGUACGUUCAAAGGCAGGGAGAAUUCGGAACGGCCGAACAUAUCAUAGAAAAAUCACUGAAAAACAUCAAGGAGGAAACGAAGUGGAGUGAUGAAAAUCUGCCCGUCAUCGAGAAAUGGUUGGAUAACUUCCUGAAAGAGCAUAAACUGAGUAAUGAGAAAUUUAUGGGGUAGGAAUGAUGUAGUACAACAGUUAGAAUAGCCUCUCACAAA